AUGACAAUUUGGAGUCUACUGCUCCUCGGAUGUUGUUUUUUGCGGCAUGGCAUUGAAGCCCAGUUGGUCUACAAGCUGAUGAAAAUUGAUUGCCAAGGAAAUUCGGCCAGGGUUAAUAAUAUCUCCUGUCACGUAAAAGCUAUCAAUUGGAAUCUGGCGGUAGUGAACAUGGAUUGUUUCCUAAGAGUGCCUCUACGAAAAGCGGUUCUUCAAGUGCAAGUAUUCAAGAAGGACUAUUCCAACCAGUACAAACCAUUCCUGGUUGAUGUCAGCGUCAACAUGUGCGAGGUUAUCGAGAGAAGGAGCUAUAUGCCAUACGGAGUUAUGAUAUGGAAGUUACUGAAGCAAUAUACUAAUGCUAAUCACAGCUGUCCCUUUUCGGGCCAGAUGACCGCUCGAAAUGGUUACCUGGACACCAGUCUGGUUCCACCUUUUCCCCAGGGCUUCUAUCAAGUCAGUAUCUCGUUUACGGAUAUGAAUUCCACCCACAGCGAAUACGUGGGCAAUGUUAAAUUCUACGUUCAAGCCAUGGAACAUAUUAAGACCAAAAAGAAACCCCGAAACAAACCAUAUUUGUAA